UUGUUUUGAUACUUCGAUAUUUGCACAUUUCUGCAAUCAUACUUACAUCACUCACAAUCAGUGAUUACAAAUUUACUAUAGGUUUAUCUAACAAUAGCAUCUGAAGAAGCAAUACAAAGUUUGGAUACAUAUAAACAGGAUUUGUUGUUUAUUAUUAAAUGUUUAGAUGAGAUUCAGACAAAACUCGUAUACAUUCGGUCAAAUAUCGGUCUAAUACAACAGAAUUCCUCAUACUAAGUACGUGCUGUGAUAUUGUUCUUAUCGAUUUUUUGAAUCUGCAAAAUUCAAAUUACCUGAGAUUUUACAUAUGAAUUAGUACGAUUUCGAUACAACCUGUAAAAAAGUGCGAGAAACAAAAUACCGAAAAUUAUAAAACUACUUGUUAACAACAAUUUUUUCAAAAGGAAUUGAAUCAUCGCCAUCAUCAUGGGUGCCAUCUUAUCAAAGAAAAGAGAAAGCAAAGAUAAUCGUCCGUAUUUUAUUCCAUAUCGGAUCAUCUGCUACAAAUGUAACGUUCACUUUAAAACAAAGAUAUGUUUGGAUGAACACAUGCAAAAAGUCCAUGACGAAACAUCUUACAUAUGUGAUUAUUGCAAUUCAAUCAGCAGGACUUGGUUAAUGUUCCAACAGCAUACUUCUAUAUUUCACAAGGACGUGGCCUUUUGUGCUUAUUGCUAUAAAGCGUAUACCGAGCAAUCAAAUUUAUUUCUGCACUGGAAAACGCAUGAACCGUUCGAGUGCAAGAUAUGUGACGAUACGUUUGUUACUUCACAGAGUUUGAGGGAACAUCGUAUUGCAUUACAUCAGAAUGUACCAUUCCAACGAAUGUUUUUCCAACGUUUUAGAAGAUCAGAAUAAAUUAGAAGAUGCACGACA